AUGCUCAUGCUGAUGUGGUUUGUGGUGGCACUUUUUAGUAAAACUGAUCCAGCACAAGCUCAAGAAAUUCAUCAGCCGAGCCCAGUAAUCACAGCUGCUAUUGGUGAUAAUCUGACUCUGCAUUGCUUUGUGCCAAAAGAGUAUGAUGCUGAUCUUUUUGUUUGGUUUAAGCAAAAAGUAGGGCACGAGCUAUUUUCGGUGGUUCAGGUUCGUAAAGAGCGUGAUCCCUUUUACAGUGGUAAACUCAAACCUCCAAAGGUUAUUAUUAAUACAGGAAAGGGAAGCUUCAAUUUAACCAUCAUGAAUGUGGAGAAAGAAGAUGAGGCGAUGUAUUACUGUGGCUUAACAGCAUUUUACACAGUGUUUGGAAAAGGAACAUUUUUAUCUUUGAAAGACAAUCAAGAGUUCAAAGUUUCAGUAUUCCAGAACAUGUUGGAUUUGGUUCCUGUAGGAUCAUCAGUAAAUCUUCAGUGCUCUGUUUUCUCUGAGAGCAGAACAGCAGAACUUCAAGUGCUCUGGUUCAGAUCUGCUGCACCACAACCCCGUCCUCAGAUCAUUUACACUCAUCUCAACAGCAGUCAUCAGUGUAAGAACAGCUCUUCUACAUACACCUGUGUGUACAACUUCUCCAAGAGCAUCCUCACCCUCAAUGAUACUGGUACCUACUACUGUGCUGUGGCCAUGUGUGGGAAGAUUAUCUUUGGGAAUGGAACAACAGUACAAGUAGCCUCUUUGGAUCCUGUUGUAAUCUCCCUUGCAGUGUCUUUAAUGGUGUGUGUAGUUGUGAUCAUCGUGCAAGCAUCUUUCAGCUGUAAAAGGAAUCUCCACAAACAGGUCGAGGGUAGACCUCAGCAAAGUUAUGUGCUCAAUCAGAGCCCUGAUGCUUUGGAGCUAAAUUAUGCUGCAGUGCAUUUGAAAAGGAAAGCCAAAAGAGUAAGAGAAAAGGGAGAACAAGUUACAGAAUGUGUGUAUUCUGAAGUGAUAACCUCAUUAAAUGAUUGA